AUGGGGAAGAAAUCGAUUCAAUCUUCCAUGAAAAUAUCGAAGAACGACAAGAAACAGAAACAUCCCAUCAACAAUUUGAUCAAGAACUUACGUCCCAAAGUUUACAUCAUAGAUUCUUCAAAUUUCAAGAAUCUUGUUCAAGAACUCACUGGACAUGGAAAUUCUCCGGUCAUGGUCUCAUCUCCGCCUCCUCCUCAUGCGUCUAUAUCCCCUCCCGUAGAGGAAGUUAGGACAAUUAUAGAUACAGAAGGUCAUUCAUAUCAAGAAAAUAGCCUCGACUUUUCAUCUGAUUCAUCAACAUGUUUCAGUACACCAUCAGAAAGUCCAGAUCUACAAUACCGGCCAACAGAACAUAUGAAUUAUUUAUUAGAAUAUUCACAGAAUAUCGAUUUUUCAUCACAGUAUGGGGAUAUAGAAUCACUGCUAUUUGAGAUGGAUCAAAUUUCUAAUUACACUACUGAUGAUCCAUGCUAUGCAAUGAUUCCGCAAGAGGUUCGCGCCUUUGAUUACGAGUUCUCUGGCUUGAUAUGA